AUGUCUCUGUUUCAGCAUCGCCAGCUGGCACCCACAGCUUUCAGCUUCAUCCAACUUUGCUUAUUGCUCUGCGCCUCCUCUCUCCCCCCGAAUAUCUUCGGUCGAGGGAUGGAGCUGAAGACCCAAGUCCGGGGAGUCUUAUUCCCGUGGCUAUUCUUAUCGAGACCCUUCCUCUGUGUCUGUCUCUCGCUUGGUUCUUCCUGUUGGCGAUCAGCCUUUUCCUUGUCUAGGACACGAAUCCGGUCUAUUGGAUGUCGAUGCCAAUCUUACUGCCGCAUCAACAAGUUCAGCCCUUUUUUUCUCACACAGGCCGGGCUCACAACCGUUUCAAUGACCCACCGUUUCGGAUUCUCAUUGGUUGGUGGCUGCUUACCUUGGUCUCUUGGGGAGCACUGGGAUCAAUCACUGAUCUUCCCCCCCGCAAUGGUCUCACGUUACGUGCAACCUUGGCACCGUAAUGUGCACAUCAUCACCCUCGAGCACUUUCAACCCUUGCUGGCGCCUUUCAUACCCCAGUUGCCCAGUUUCCGCCUAGACAUGCAAGUCGAGGUCAGCUGGUCACGAUCCCAAGACAACACUGCCCAAGAGAUAUUGAGAAAGAAGAAAUGUCCGUACAAAACUACGCUUGAUAGACAGCGCACACAGCCUGCCUGCCUGCCUGCCUAG